AUCAGAAAAAGACGUCUUUAAUUUUUUUGUAGUCUAUAGUAGAAAAAUCACAAAAGAAGGUACUUGAAAACACUGUAUUUUUUCUAGAGGAAAAACUGGCAAAGGCAUUCUUCACAAAGUGUGGACAGUGCCUUACACAUCAAACCCAACGAUCCCAUCCCAGAUUUUCCAUUCAACUUUACAAGAAGUAAAACCUCUUGUCUUGUCACACCGUCACCGUUAUUCCAAUUAUGGCAAUAACGACCUCCUACGGAUGCAGCUGACAGGUAAGAUCUCUAAACUCUGCUAAUCAAUCGGUCCUGGCUCAAAAACUUCUUAUCUGGCUGAUUCAGAAAAUACAGAUGCUGGAAGCUCGUGGACUUGUUCGGGGAAAGAACGCUAAGCAAGAAGAAAAUUUUAUUUCAAAGCGCCAAAACUCGAAUUUUGAGGUCCACAGCGAGGUUUCCCAGAGCAACUCACAGUUGUUCCCUUCCGAGAACGAAGCUCCGUAAAAUGCGCAUCCCUGCUCGGUCCAAAGAGAUCAAUGGGAAAAAGGAUUGAAUCAACCGAGUGAGCUGGGCAGGAGAGAGCCUUAACCCAUGGCCGCGGGCGAGUCUUCUGGGCAGGGGCAGGCGGGAGCGACGUGGGGCGACGCUCACGAAGGCUCUGAGCGGCAGGCGACGCAACCAGGCCCAGGGGCCACAGGUAGCGCGCUCCCUAGCUGCUACCGGGCGGGCAGAAGCCCCCAGUCUUCGGCCUCCGCGCAAGCGACGCCGGGAAAUGCCCACAUCCGGGAAACCUGCAAAGGAGUGCGGCGGCGGCGACAUUGAGUGGAAGGCAAAAUGGCGGCGGCGGCGGCGGCCUGGUGUUAAGGGGAGAGUCAGGUCCUCGCGACCCCCGCGACAGGCUACACUGGCCCGCGGCAGCCCUCUGGCAUCUCUACCCGCUGUGCCCCACCAGGGAUACUUGGGGUUGCUGGGACGGGCUCCGGCCGCCUAGGCGCCCGCCCUCGGGCCGGUGGCCGCUGUCCAGGAGCUUUCCUUUCCCCUCCAGUACACAAGAAUAGAAUACUGCUAGGAAGGCCACAGUAAGCACUACUCCUAGAAAAGGAGAAUAAUGAGAGAUAAGCAGCAGAUUCUGUGUAAGCAACCAGUCCUGGAGGUAGGGGAGAUUGGACCUUGAUUUAUUUGGAAGGAACUCUCUCAUUGUUUUCUAUGACCUGUGAAGUGUGUGUUGGAGUUAAUUAUUUAUAUUGUAAAGAAUUUUAAUAGUCCUGGGGACUUCCUUGAAGGAUCAUUUUCACUUUUGCUCAGAAGAAAGCUCUGGAUCUAUCAAAUAAAGAAGUCUUUCGUGUGGGCUACAUAUAUAGAUGUUUUCAUGAAGAGGAGUGAAAAGCCAGAAGGAUAUAGACAAAUGAGGCCUAAGACCUUUCCUGCCAGUAACUAUACUGGCAGUAGCCGGCAAAUGUUACAAGAAAUUCGGGAAUCCCUUAGGAAUUUAUCUAAACCAUCAGAUGCUGCUAAGGCUGAGCAUAACAUGAGUAAAAUGUCAACUGAAGAUCCUCGACAAGUCAGAAAUCCACCCAAAUUUGGGACACAUCAUAAAGCCUUGCAGGAAAUUCGAAAUUCUCUGCUUCCAUUUGCAAAUGAAACAAAUUCUCGUAGUACUUCAGAAGUUAAUCCACAAAUGCUUCAAGACUUACAAGCUGCUGGAUUUGAUGAGGAUAUGGUUAUACAAGCUCUUCAGAAAACAAACAACAGAAGUAUAGAAGCAGCAAUUGAAUUCAUUAGUAAAAUGAGUUACCAAGAUCCACGACGAGAGCAGAUGGCUGCGGCAGCUGCCAGACCUGUUAAUGCCAGCAUGAAGCCAGGGAAUGUGCAACAAUCAGUUAACCGCAAACAGAGCUGGAAAGGUUCUAAAGAGUCCUUAGUUCCUCAGAGACAUGGUCCACCACUAGGAGAAAGUGUGGCCUAUCAUUCUGAGAGUCCCAGCUCACAGACAGAUGUAGGAAGACCUUUGUCUGGAUCUGGUAUAACAGCAUUUGCUCAAGCUCACCCUAGCAACGGACAGAGAGUGAACCCCCUACCACCACCUCAAGUAAGGAGUGUCACUCCACCACCACCUCCAAGAGGCCAGACUCCCCCUCCAAGAGGUACAACUCCACCUCCUCCUUCAUGGGAACCAAACUCUCAAACAAAGCGCUAUUCUGGGAAUAUGGAAUACGUAAUCUCCCGAAUCUCUCCUGUCCCACCUGGGACAUGGCAAGAGGGCUAUCCACCACCACCUCUCAACACUUCCCCCAUGAAUCCUCCUAAUCAGGGACAGAGAGGCAUUAGUUCUGUUCCUGUUGGCAGACAACCAAUCAUCAUGCAGAGUUCUAGCAAAUUUAACUUUCCAUCAGGGAGACCUGGAAUGCAGAAUGGUACUGGACAGACGGAUUUCAUGAUACACCAAAACGUUGUCCCCGCUGGCACUGUGAAUCGGCAGCCACCACCUCCAUAUCCUCUGACCGCAGCUAAUGGACAAAGCCCUUCUGCUUUACAAACAGGGGGAUCUGCUGCUCCUUCAUCAUAUACAAAUGGAAAUAUUCCUCAGUCUAUGAUGGUGCCAAACAGAAACAGUCAUAACAUGGAACUAUAUAACAUUAAUGUACCUGGACUGCAGACAAAUUGGCCUCAGUCAUCUUCUGCUCCAACCCAGUCAUCCCCAAGCAGUGGGCAUGAAAUCCCUACCUGGCAACCUAACAUACCAGUGAGGUCAAAUUCUUUUAAUAACCCGUUAGGAAAUAGAGCAAGUCACUCUGCUAAUUCUCAGCCUUCUGCUACAACAGUCACUGCAAUUACACCAGCUCCUAUUCAACAGCCUGUGAAAAGCAUGCGUGUACUAAAACCAGAGCUACAGACUGCUUUAGCACCUACACACCCUUCAUGGAUACCACAGCCAAUUCAAACUGUUCAACCCAGUCCUUUUUCUGAGGGAACCACUUCAAAUGUGACUGUGAUGCCACCUGUUGCUGAAGCUCCAAACUAUCAAGGACCACCACCACCCUACCCAAAACACCUGCUGCACCAAAACCCAUCUGUUCCUCCAUAUGAAUCAAUCAGUAAGGCUAGCAAAGAGGAUCAGCCAAGCUUGCCCAAGGAGGAUGAGAGUGAAAAGAGUUAUGAAAAUGUUGAUAGUGGAGAUAAAGAAAAGAAACAAAUUACAACUUCACCCAUCACCGUUAGGAAAAACAAGAAAGAUGAAGAGCGAAGGGAAUCUCGUAUUCAAAGUUAUUCUCCUCAAGCAUUUAAAUUCUUUAUGGAGCAACAUGUAGAAAAUGUACUCAAAUCUCAUCAGCAGCGUCUACAUCGUAAAAAACAAUUAGAGAAUGAAAUGAUGCGGGUUGGAUUAUCUCAAGAUGCCCAGGAUCAAAUGAGAAAGAUGCUUUGCCAAAAAGAAUCUAAUUACAUUCGUCUUAAAAGGGCUAAAAUGGACAAGUCUAUGUUUGUGAAGAUAAAGACACUAGGAAUAGGAGCAUUUGGUGAAGUCUGUCUAGCAAGAAAAGUAGAUACUAAGGCUUUGUAUGCAACAAAAACUCUUCGAAAGAAAGAUGUUCUGCUUCGAAAUCAAGUUGCUCAUGUUAAAGCUGAGAGAGAUAUCCUGGCUGAAGCUGACAAUGAAUGGGUAGUUCGUCUAUAUUAUUCAUUCCAAGAUAAGGACAAUUUAUACUUUGUAAUGGACUACAUUCCUGGGGGUGAUAUGAUGAGCCUAUUAAUUAGAAUGGGCAUCUUUCCAGAAAACCUGGCACGAUUCUACAUAGCAGAACUUACCUGUGCAGUUGAAAGUGUUCAUAAAAUGGGUUUUAUUCAUAGAGAUAUUAAACCUGAUAAUAUUUUGAUUGAUCGUGAUGGUCAUAUUAAAUUGACUGACUUUGGCCUCUGCACUGGCUUCAGAUGGACACACGAUUCUAAGUACUAUCAGAGUGGUGACCAUCCAAGGCAAGAUAGCAUGGAUUUCAGUAAUGAGUGGGGGGAUCCCUCAAGCUGUCGAUGUGGAGACAGACUGAAGCCGUUAGAGCGGAGAGCUGCACGCCAGCACCAGCGAUGUCUAGCACAUUCUUUGGUUGGGACUCCCAAUUAUAUUGCACCUGAAGUGUUGCUACGAACAGGAUACACACAGUUAUGUGAUUGGUGGAGUGUUGGUGUUAUUCUUUUUGAAAUGUUGGUGGGACAACCUCCUUUCUUGGCACAAACACCAUUAGAAACACAAAUGAAGGUUAUCAACUGGCAAACAUCUCUUCACAUUCCACCACAAGCUAAACUCAGUCCUGAAGCUUCUGACCUUAUUAUUAAACUUUGCCGAGGACCCGAAGAUCGCUUAGGCAAGAAUGGUGCUGAUGAAAUAAAAGCUCAUCCAUUUUUUAAAACAAUUGAUUUCUCCAGUGACCUGAGACAGCAGUCUGCGUCAUACAUUCCUAAAAUCACACACCCAACAGAUACAUCAAAUUUUGAUCCUGUUGAUCCUGAUAAGUUAUGGAGUGAUGAUAACGAGGAAGAAAAUGUAAAUGACACUCUCAAUGGAUGGUAUAAAAAUGGAAAGCAUCCUGAACAUGCAUUCUAUGAAUUUACCUUCCGGAGAUUUUUUGAUGACAAUGGCUACCCUUAUAAUUAUCCGAAGCCUAUUGAAUAUGAAUACAUUAAUUCACAAGGCUCAGAGCAGCAGUCGGAUGAAGAUGAUCAACACACAGGCUCAGAGAUUAAAAAUCGAGAUCUAGUGUAUGUUUAACAUGCUAGUAAAUAAAUUAAUGAGGAUUUG